AUGGCAUUUGAUGCUAACGGUUUAUACGCUUCAGCAAUGUCGGCUUUAGACAGUGAAUAUCCGAGAGCAGAAAGUGGAAGACCGUUUCUACCAGAAGAAGAAAAAGAAUUUGUAAAACUCUUCAAUAAACAAAAAUUCAGACCCAGAACAGCUAUUUUAACAGUGUGGUUUGAGUAUCCCAAAAACAUGUUCUUCCAACCGAUACCAGCUAAAGAUAAAAUCACUUUCACGAAUAAAGAAGGUAAAAAGGAAACGGGUAACAAAAUCAGGUUCAGAAAUGGUUUCUGUCACGACGUUUUAACAUCGGUUGAUAUUCAAGAAAUAGUAAAAGGCGGUGGACGAAUUAUUAGAAUAGAGUUUAAUUUUGAGAGAUCUAAGAAAUAA